UCUGCCUUUUGUCCCCGAAUAUAACCACUGCAGUAUUCCUGGAUUCGUCCUGCUUAUAACCAUUUUAUUUCUUAGGAACAUCCGUCAAGUCAGUGUCUCCUUGGCGAUGACCAUGAUCACUGCAACUACAAUGGCAGUACUGCUCAAACCCAUGAUCACUGCUCACCGCCUUCUCCUCUUCCAAACCCAAAAACACACUUCAAUUAUUGCAAAACAACAAAAACAACACGGGUCUCUUCUUGUUGCCAGCUCUGUCCGUCAGAGUGAUAACUACUGUCAAAAUCUGGUCGAUGAAUUUGACCCAAAUAUUCCUAUAGAGAAAGCCUUGACCCCACCUAGCUCAUGGUACACCGACCCUUCUUUUUUUGAUUUUGAACUCCAUCGUGUCUUCUAUAAAGGCUGGCAGGCUGUUGGAUAUACUGAACAGAUAAAGAAUCCUCGUGAUUUUUUCACUGGAAGAUUGGGGAAUGUAGAGUUUCUGGUGUGUCGAGAUGAUGAUGGCAAGAUUCAUGCUUUUCACAAUGUGUGUCGCCAUCAUGCCUCUCUUGUUGCAUCUGGAAAUGGGCAAAAGUCUUGUUUUGUAUGCCCUUAUCAUGGGUGGACAUAUGGGUUGGAUGGAGCACUUCUUAAAGCAACCAGGAUAACCGGGAUCCAAAAUUUUGAUGUAAAUGAGUUUGGGCUUAAACCACUAAAUGUAGCAACUUGGGGGCCAUUUGUUCUUCUCAAUUUGGACAAGGAGAUUUUACCUCAGCAAGAAGCUGACAAUACAGUGGGGAGUGAAUGGCUUGGUAGCUGUUCAGAAUAUCUUGCUGCAAAUGGAGUUGAUUCUUCUCUAAGCUAUCUUUGCAGGCGUGUAUACGAUAUUGAAUGUAACUGGAAGGUGUUCUGUGAUAAUUACUUAGAUGGUGGUUACCAUGUACCAUAUGCUCAUAAAGGCCUUGCAUCUGGUCUUAAGCUUAAUUCUUACUCCACCAAGACAUAUGAAAAGGUUAGCAUCCAAAGUUGUGAUGGUGGCUCGACAGAAAGCGAAGAUGAUAUUGAUCGACUUGGGUCAAAAGCCUUGUAUGCUUUCAUUUACCCUAAUUUUAUGAUUAACAGGUAUGGACCAUGGAUGGACACUAAUCUGGUACUCCCGCUAGGACCCAGGAAAUGCCAGGUGAUAUUUGACUACUUUAUUGAAGCCCAUCUCAAGGACGACAAAGAUUUCAUAGAAAGAAGUCUAGUUGAUAGUGAGAGAGUGCAGAUAGAAGAUAUCGUGCUGUGUGAAGGUGUUCAGAGAGGCCUUGAAACACCAGCAUACUGUAGCGGCAGAUACGCUCCCAUGGUUGAGCAUGCCAUGCACCAUUUCCACCAAUUGCUUCACUAUAUACUCAAAGAAUGAUUCCUUGUUAUUAUCUAGUGCUUGCAAUCACGACCCAAAUGAUUUCUUGUCUCUUGCAUUUUCCGUUGUUUGGUGUGCCUUUUAAAACUGCGAUUUAAAGCAUGAAAGAAAAGGGUGUGUACCUCAUUGGGAACAAGGCAAUGGCACAAUGUCAGUGUGCUCAUAACGGCAGUCAGGCCUGUCUUCCA